AUGCCCAUGCUCAAAGAUCCCUCGACCAAGUACCGACUUUUCAGGCCCAUCGACUUACCAAAUCGUCAAUGGCCCUCCCAAACCCUCGAUAGACCCCCACGCUGGCUCGCUACAGACCUCAGAGAUGGCAAUCAGUCUUUGGUUGACCCUAUGGGUUCGGAUCAGAAAUGGCGAUACUUCAAGAUGCUAGUGGAACUUGGCUACAAGGAAAUAGAAGUUUCGUUCCCAUCAGCAUCAGAAACAGACUAUGAGUUCACACGUCGCCUGGUGGAUACCCCGGACGUCGUACCGGAUGAUGUAGCUCUACAAGUUCUCAGUCCUUGCCGGGAAGAUCUCAUAAAACGGACCGUCGAAUCUGUCGAGGGUACAAAAACCGCCAUCCUCCAUCUUUAUCUUGCUACCUCGCCAUGUUUUCAGCAGAUAGUCCUGAAUCAUUCCGAGCAGGAUGGCAUCGCUUUGGCUGUUGCGUGUACCAAAUACGCACGUUCGAUAACGAAAGACAAUCCAUCUUCCAAAACUCACUGGCAAUAUGAAUUUUCCCCUGAAACUUUUUCUGAUUCGAACCUCGAUUUUGUUGUGCAGAUUUGCGAAGCUGUUCGAGCCGCGUGGGAACCUUCCGAAUCUAAUCCCAUCAUCUUCAAUCUUCCAGCGACUGUCGAAAUGUCUACUCCAAAUGUCUACGCAGACCAGAUUGAAUAUUUUUGCCGACACAUAACAGAAAGAAAUAAGAUUUGCGUAUCCCUGCAUGCGCAUAAUGACCGUGGCUGUGCUGUUGCAGCUUCUGAACUUGGACAGAUGGCUGGCGCAAAUCGAGUAGAAGGAACUCUUUUUGGUAACGGCGAAAGAACUGGAAAUGUCGAUCUUGUAACUCUGGCUUUGAACCUUUAUUCUCAGGGAAUCCACCCAAAAGUUGAUUUUUCUGACAUUGACUCAGUCAUUGAUGUUGUGGAAGAGAGCAACAACAUACCGGUUAACCCACGUGCUCCGUAUGGAGGAUCGCUCGUCCAGUGCGCUUUUAGUGGCUCACACCAAGACGCGAUUAAGAAAGGGUUCCAAGCGCGAGAAGGGCUUAAGGACGGAGAUCCAUGGCUGAUACCGUACCUCCCCCUCGACCCUCAGGACAUUGGCCGUACAUACGAAGCUGUCAUUCGUGUCAAUUCGCAAAGUGGGAAAGGCGGUGUUGCAUGGAUCAUCCAGAGACUCAUGGAACUCGACCUUCCCCGUGGUCUCCAAAUUGCCUUUUCGAAAGUCGUUCAACAAAGAGCCGACGCCGUUGGGCGAGAAUUGCUGGCUAAGGAAAUUCAAACGCUAUUCCAAGAUACUUACCAUCUCAAGGGCGCCCCUCGCUUCACUCUUGUCGACUACAGCAUUGCACCUGAACGCUCCGUACCGUUCGUCCCAGAAGAAGGCCGCAGUCAGAACACGCAAAACUCGAUGAGAAGAUUCGAAGGUGUGGUGGACUGGGACCGAAAGGAGCACAGGAUCACAGGCCUUGGAAACGGGGCGCUUUCUUCUCUAGCGGACGCCAUGCACAUGCUCGGAAUCGAUCUGGAUGUUGUAAAUUAUAACGAGCAUGCCAUCGGUAAAAAUAAGAACGUCCAGGCGGCCACAUAUAUUGAGUGCACGGCAGCUGGCAGUAAGGAACGGGUGUGGGGUGUGGGCAUACACGACGAUGUGUUUCAGGCUAGUUUGAAUGCUUUCCUUUCUGCAGCUUCAUCGUUCAUGGACAGUCGACCAAACGGGCCUUUAUGCGCUUCCUGCACACGCAGAGCCAGAACAGGCAGCCCAAAUCCUUUCCUCCCAACAACAACGCAAGCAAUCAAACCCUUUGCAUCCACCACCACCACGCCCCUACUCAAAUUCCAAUCCCCAACCCUACAACCUUCCUCAAUCGCAACCACAAUACCAAAGCAAACCUCCUCCACCACUUCCCAAACCAGCCCAGCAACUGCAAACACAACCUCCGCCCCGCCUCUCCCCGAACAAUUCCUACAACAACACCCAAUUCAACCAAAACGCCGCAUCAACCCCCCACCCCAAAAUUACGGCUUCGGUCCUCCUCCACAAUCUCACCAUGGACGUCCACCACCUCCGUCUCGACCGCCUGGAACCCCCGCCCCUGGCGGUAGCAGCGCCGACGCGUCGCUUUUUCCGCUUUUCAAGGCAGUCGAUACCGCGGGGGUAGGUCAGUUGACGGAGAGGGAGCUGGGGAAGGCUCUGGUCAAUGGGGAUUUUACGAGUUUUGAUCCGCAUACGGUUAAGAUGAUGAUACGAAUGUUUGAUGCGGAUAAGGAUGGCAGUAUAAGUUUUGAGGAGUUCUGCGGCCUCUGGGGUUUCCUCGCUGCGUGGCGCGCCCUUUUCGAUCGCUUUGAUGAGGACGAUAGCGGCUACAUAUCUUUCGAUGAGUACUCGAAAGCGCUGGUUGCCUUUGGCUACAGGCUUUCUUCCGCCUUUGUCAAUCUACUGUACACGACGUAUGCCAGAAGCGGUGAAGAUCGCAUGAGCUUCGAUUUGUUUGUGCAGAGUUGCAUAAUACUGAAGAGGAUGACGGACGUGUUCAAGCGUUACGAUGAUGAUAGAGACGGGUAUAUCACGUUGAGUUUUGAGGAAUUUCUAACCGACGCCAUGACCUUCGCCGCCAUCCUCUCCUGCCUGUCCCUCGCCACACUAGCCUCCUCGACUCCGCUCCAGCUCCUCAACCCCCAGAUCCUCGCCACCACUUCCCUCGAUCCAACCGUCUCAUCGCUCAAUCUCACCAACACCAGCCUCACGGCAAGCACCAACUGCUUCAUCCAACCGCACCACGCCGGCGCCCCCACCCUCCUCGAAACCAACUACCCCGACUGCCUCGUCGCCGUCACAUUGCUGCCCGCGGACAAAGCAGCCACGACGCCCUACACCUUCAGCCGCAGGCCGGACGCCGAGGUGCGCCUUCCUUACGCGAAAUCGUUCCGGACCUGCAAGAUCAUCAUCGACAUCAUGGACGAGUUUGAGACGGAGAGAUUGAGGUGGCGGGACAUCAGUGACACGUUGGAGGCCCCCAGAGGGGUUUUGAGGAAGUGUCUUGGGCAGAGCCCGUUGCCGCCGUUGGGGGGCAGGACGUCGGUGGGGGGUAUGGGUGCCAUGCAAGCGAUUGUUGUUGGGCAGGCGUGGAAGCCUGGUGCUGUGGUUUGA